UAUGAAAGUUUGGAGGUGGAUUGAAUUGAAUGAUAAUUUGGCAUCGAAUAUGAAUAAUCAUACAUUAUUUAUGAUGGGGAAUAUAAAAAUGGGAAAAAAGUAGGUCUAUGGAUGGAAAUGGAUAGAAAAUGGAAUGAAAAAGAAUUUAAGAAAUGCCAAGAAAUUUCAUAUGAUAAAUUAAUAUUAUGCUUAUUUUAAAUGGUUAAUCUUAUUUUAAAUUUCAUAAUGA